ACGAUGUUAAUAGUCGACGGGGCAUUUUUCGCAUUCGGAGUGCUUGCUCAGGGUAAUACCGUACCAUACAUUCAGAGGAGACCGAUUCCAAGCUAGAAAAAUUAUGCUUUUCAUGAAGAUGUCGCCUCUGCUUUUAUGGGCUCUGAUGUCGCUGUUUGUCCCGGGAAAAUCGUCGCCUGAGCGGACAAAGACUGUAGAGUUCAACGUUAAACCAGGAGGAGUUGUGCAUACUUUCUCCGAGGGAAUUAGUGAGUAUGAGUGCACAUUCACGUAUGCUUCACAAGGAGGAACCAAUGAGCAAUGGCUGAUGAGCGUGGGCCUGAGCGAGGAUGACAGACUGUUUUCUUGCUCUGUGUGGAGGCCUCAGGGAAAGUCAUACCUGUUUUUCACCCAAUUCAAAGCUGAGCUGAAAGGAACCAAAAUUGAAUACGCCAAUGCUUUUUCACAAACAGCAGCAGCAGGACAGCAUGAUGUGCCUCUGAAGCCAGAGGAAUUUACCAUAGGAGAAUCAACAGUGACCCACAAUGAUGGAAAGUUCAGCGCUCAACUUUCCAAGCUGACCAUCAUUGGACGAACCAGACACGAUGAGCUGUGAUUGGACAGAAGUCAUGCUCAGUCACAGCACCUUCAGUAAUGACUGAACCAUGGAUUUAGUCCUGAGGAACAACCUAAAACUGAAGCAGGAUGAAACUGAUGGUGGCCUGAGGAGACUUUAUGCCAGCUGCAGUACAUGUCAAGCACUUUUCUUUUUUUUUUCUUUUUGGGAAUUUCAGAUUGGCUCGACUAAAGAUGAAGAUGAUUUAGCUGAUUAUGCAGACAAAGAAAAAAUCAGUAGUUGUUUUGUUUUUUUAAGUUUCUGAACCUGCAUAUAAAUUGAUUCUGGCUUGAUCUUCCGGGUGUCUUAAUAUAUAAAGGUUGGCGUCAGAGUGGGAUCUGUCCAGCAUAGAUUCAUGUUAGAUUAGCAGGAGAUUUAUGCAUGAUGUGUAGCCCUGGGAGGAGAGUGAGUUAUCCCCGAUAUUAUGAAGCAGCACACAUCUAAACAAGUAGAUAUUGCUCCGACUCAUUGUAAUCCGCCCCGCUGUUGAUGGAGAGCACUUCAGCGUCUCGUUAUCUACAUCUGCUGCAGAUGACUCAAAGCACCACAUCUGAUUGCUCCAAACAUAAGCUGGGUUUUUGUUUUCUGCUGUUUUUCCUGAUAAGACAAAGCUGUUUGAAAAAAAUAUAUAUAUUUUUAGGGUUUGCAAACUGUUGAGGUGUUUAAGACAUCCAUCGGCUUAUAUAUGACGACUAUGGAAUUUAUGUUAUGCAAUGAAAUUGAAAAGUUUAACUGGAUUGUGCUGCUUUUAUUCAAGAUAGAACACAAGUGUAUGUAUCAAUGCUAUUUACAUCACCUAUUGCACUGCUAAACCAGUCUGAAGUAACAGGUAGGGGAGGGGGCACAGCUGCAUUCUUCUUUUUCCAUUCUUCCUUUUACCUCUCUGGAAUCUCAUUAAAAUGAUUUGAAACCUUUAUUAGUGUAAUGUUACAUAUUUUUGGUUAAUAAAGGAAACUUUUUAACUUUCAGUUAAAUAAGGUACCAGGAAUUGGUUUCCACUGGUUUCUUGAUUUGGAAAUGAAAACUAGGAAUGAAAACGUGUUGGUUGGUUAAUUUCUCCAGACAUUGUUCCCUUUUCUAUUUAUUAAGGAGAUAACAGCCAAAGCAUAUUUAAAAAAAAAAAAAAGAACUUAAGGGCUUUUUGCAUUAAGUUGCAUUCAAAUGGGUUCCUUUAUCCUUUAGCUUCAUUCUUUAUUGUCCCCCAAAGGGAACUGCACCUUCACAGGCUGUUCCAGCUCAUACAUAAACAUUUAAUAUAGAUAAAGGAGGACAUGACAAAUGUUUUCAGGAAACAUUAGGAGAUGGAUUAUUAGGAGCUAUGAGUUUCAUGACAUUAAUUUAUUUAGUUGAUAUUGAAAGCUGUGAUGGCAGACAAAGCUUUAACAAGUUUCAUAAUUUUUUCAACUCGUGCCAGAAAUGAAAACCUAAUCUUUUAAAAAUUCAAAAGGGAUCAGAAUUUCAGUACUUUUCACAGUCCAAUUGGAAGAACUUUUAAAACUUUUAAGAAUCUCUGGUUCCUAAACUUUUCAUUUAUGUGCUAUAAAAACUUCAAUUUAUUCACAUUUUCAUGACACUUUGAUUUUUUUUUUCCAAGUCACGAACAUCCAGAGUCUGUGUUCUGUCUUUUUAAAAGUAGGAUUUUAGAUUUUGAAAUGUAGCUGAUUUCAGUUUGGUCAUAUGCUGAAAGGCUGUUUUAAAAAGCUGUUACCCACUGUGCUGAGUUAUAAUGAAACAUCAGUUGCUUACAGAUGAAUGGAAGUAAGAUUCAUCACUGAUGUUGAAACUUUCUACUUAGAAUGUUAUGAAAUCAGUUGGAAACCUCUAGAAAUGGGAGUCUGGAACGAUCAUGGGGAGCCUAAAGAUGUCCGAAGUGAUGAAAUAGAAAGUAUGCACAGACAUUUGGAGGUUUCCAGGUGAGGCAUCAAAAUGCCAGCACUCGUUCGCGGGCCCCUCUUGAACCGUUUGCUUUCAUCUCCCGGUGCCACAUGUGGGGAUCAGUGAGCACACUGUGCAGGUUUCAGAAGUGCUUCAUUAUCACAUGCCUCCCACCUCUUUUUCUCUGCUCUUUCUUCUCCUAUGCGUUGCGACCUCUUUAUCUUACCAGCAUUGAUCCAAACCCUCAAACACUGCAAGUGCCCAAAGGAUUGAAUCCAGAUUUAAGGAUUUCUCUGAUUUGACUCUGCUCUUGGAUUAGCUGGGAUAGGUGUACCUUCUGCGUCUUUCAUCUCGUGUCUCCCUGGAGUUCAGCCGAGUCCCUUUGUCGCCGUCCAAGCUCUCCGUCUCUCUCAGGGGAGGGUCAGAAUAGGAAAAAAGAUCACACCCGGAUCUCGACCUAACUGAGAAAACAAAGCUUGUUACUUAUUUUCAUAGAAGCAUCCUCUCUUUUUUUCCUACCUGUUGAUUGCUGUGAAUCGUGAUGAAAUUUGAUGGGUGUUUGAAUAAAGACACAUUGUCACCAUGGU